CUUUCAGCCACCGCCCCGCGCAUAUUGUUGAAACGCCGCCCUCCAUUCCUAGACACGCAAGGAAGGAAGGAGGGAGGGACACGAGCGCCUUGAGUGACGCGCAGCGAGUUCCGCGCUCGCGCCCAGCGCCAGGUGUCCGGUUUCAGGAAGGCGCAGGUGUGUCCCCGCCAUACUGGAAUAUCCACUCGGUCGGAAUAAAUAACCACCCCGAGCAGCUCGGACGCACUUUAACAAACAGGUUGUUUUCUUUAUCUCCGUAAUACACACACCAUGAGUAAAAUUUCCAAAAUGUUCAAAGGGAGCUCCAGCUCCUCCAAGUCGAAGCACCACGGGGGGCCCUCUCCGCAGGAGGCCAUCCACAGGCUGCGCGAGACCGAGGAGAUGCUGACCAAGAAGCAGGAGUACCUGGAGAAGAAAAUCGAGCAGGAGAUCGCCAUCGCCAAGAAGAACGGCACCAAGAACAAGAGAGCUGCCCUGCAGGCCCUGAAGAGGAAGAAGCGCUACGAGCAACAGCUGACGCAGAUCGAUGGCACGCUCUCCACCAUCGAGUUCCAACGGGAGGCGCUGGAGAACGCCAGCACCAACACGGAGGUCCUCAAGAACAUGGGUUUUGCUGCCAAGGCCAUCAAGGGCGUGCAUCAGAACAUAGAUCUGGAUAAGAUCGACGACCUGAUGCAAGAUAUUACCGAUCAGCAGGAGGUGGCGCAGGAGAUCUCGGACGCCAUCUCUCGGCCCUUCGGACAGGAGUUCGAUGAGGACGAGCUGCUUGCUGAGCUGGAGGAGCUGCAGCAGGAGGAGCUGGAGGAGAGCACGAAGAACAUGGGCAAGCUGCCCAGCGUGCCCAGCACGGCCCUGCCGUCGCGGCCAAAGCAGCGGGAUGCUCCCAGGAAGAAGGUGGAGGAGGAUGAUGACAUGAACACGUUGGCAGCUUGGGCAACAUAAUUUUCUGCUGUAUCUACCGGUAUCACACACACACACACACACACACCCUCCAUAUUGUACCACACACUGAUGGUUUGUGUCCUUUUAGAAGUACGGAGUCAUCAUAAAACUUGAACACUCACAUUCAACUUGUCAGCAUCGUCAGCUCUGACACUUUUUCUGAUGUUUGAGUUGUUUUAACUGCCCUGUUUUCUGUGCGUCAUUAUUUUUCUAAUUAGUGUCCGUUGAAGCAAGUUCUGCGCGGGGUGUUUGAUUACCGCCGCUAAAUGAAGUACAGGCAGUCCUCGGAUUGCAAACGAGUGGGUCUCCGGUGGGUCUGGGGUUCAAGCCCCGCUU